CAUCCUGACUUGAAUGGAACUAUUGAUACAGUAUCAGUUGAGAUGUCCAGUGCCUUGUCUUGUGCAACCCAUUUCAGUUUUUGAAGCCUGAGGAGGUAAACAAAACCUCCUCAGGCUAUGACCACCAUGUGAUCUCUUUUCCUUUUCCUAUAAUUGCUUAUUUGAGCUAGCUGUGUGGGACUGUUCAGUUAGAUCGGAGAGUGGAGAAUGCAUCACUGCAAGACAGUUGAUCCCUGCUGCCUUGAAGGAGGUAAUGAUGUGGCCUCUCCUGAAAAUUUCCUUUGAUUUGGUUAUGCUAUUACACAAUUGCAAAUACCUCUUUGUGGGUAAUGUUGUUGAACAAGUGGUGCUGUUUCAGCUUUGGACUUAACAGCUUUUGCAUACAGCUGCAGAAACCAGGUUGUGUUGCACAAAUGUUUUCAAAAAUUGGUUUCAAAAAUGCACUACAUCUUAAGUUCACACACUCCAGGAAAAAUAUCAGUGAACUGCAGUAUCUGCAGGUAUGACACAAUAAUGUUGCCUCUGCACUCUUAAGUGAUAAGAUCUAUGCUGUUUUUCUGUACGAUGGAGAAUUUGGUGAUAGGUGGAUUGUAGCACAGUGAAAUUUUUGUUUCUAAGGGGGAAUUGUUUUUAUAGAGCAUAUACCUUAUUAGUAAUGCAAUAUGUCUUACAUUUUAGGUAAUGACAUGAUGGCUAAAGGAGCUGAUAAUGAGAUGUGGAAUCUUUCAUCUCCAGCCUCACAGUCCCUCAGUGAUGAAGGAACCAUGGGGAGUAAGGAACCCAGCAAAUGCUUGCUUGCAGCCUCUGAAAGUGAAGUUGAUCCAGCAACAUCACUUGCCUUAGAGAUGAAAUACGCACUGGAUCCCAACCGGCAGAUCAAGAAAAGAAACAAAGCCCUGCAGGUGAGAUUCAAAGACAUCUGUGAGGCCCAAAAUGAGCAGAGGGACAAACAGCUUUCUACGUUACAACAAAGUGACAAAAAGGAAGCAAAGCCCAUCUCUUACAGAACAGCUUACCGGAAGUAUAUGACAGUGCCUGCCCGCAGAUCAAUCCCUAACGUUACUAAAAGUACAGGAGUUCAGACAUCACCUGAACUUAAAAAGUGUUACCAGACUUUCCCUUUGGACCGGAAAAAGGGAAGUAUCAUCAAAAGCAUACCUUCUGUUGACACUUUUCCAAGCCAAAAUAAUGGAUUUCUAAUAGAUGUUAAAAACAAAGAUGACAAAAUCUCAGGGGAGGCUGCUCAGUGUAGCAAGAAAGUCACAGGAUUUGUGACAGCUGAGUUUAUUUCACAUACUAAUGAACGCAUGAAUGCAAUAGAGCAGCCUUCUAGUGACAACUGUUCAAAGACAUGUAGAAGCACUGAUUUGCACAGCUGUACUAAAGAACCUCCUUCUCUUCAAAACUCAGCAGCUUCUGCUUUAGAAGAGCCUGAUUACCAGCUGCAUGACAAAGCAAAACACCACACUGGGCCGUUGGGGAAAGAGGAGGCUAAUCCAUCUACUCAUGGGAAAGUGUUCAAGACAGAAGUAGCUUCUGUCUACUUGCCUGCAUCUAGUUCACAUAUCUCACAGACUGACUUGCCAGAUUCUGCAGCAGCAGGGAAUGACUGGUCUUUGUACCCAACAGAGGACGACAAAAAAAGAACAGUGCAUCUUAAUGGUCUGCAAUCACAAGCCGUAAGUGCAGCUCAGGCCUGUCCAACCCAGGCACAGUGCCAAUCCACCGAAUGUAAUGAACAGACCCUUCAGAUACAUGUUUCACCUAUGGAAGGGAAACAGCCUUGUCAGUCAGCAGUUGCUGUGAGUGAAGAAUGCCAACAAAUUGUGCCUCACACAGAAGUGGUAGACUUGAAAGCACAGCUACAGAUGAUGGAGAACUUGAUCAGCUCAAGCCAGGAAACCAUAAAGGUCUUGUUGGGUGUUAUUCAGGAGCUGGAAAAAGGAGAAGCUCAUAGAGAAGGAUAUUGUUCCAUGGGGAAAAACCUUAUGUCGAAAUCGGACCUUGACUAUGUAAUGAAAGCUUCUUCUCAUUUGUUGAGACUUGACCCAUUAAAGCUUUCAUAUCGGACUGGUCAAGACACAUCUAACUGUGACACAUGCAGGAACAGUGCAUGUAUAAUCUAUAGUGUGGAAUUAGAUUUUAAGCAGCAAGAAGACAAACUACAGCCAGUUCUGAGAAAACUUCAUCCUAUCGAGGAAACUCAGGUUGCACCUUUGCCUUAUUCCCAGGAGAGUUACUCCUCAACUCCCAAGCAAAAAUCCAAAACUGAAUCAAAAAAGCAUGGAAGAUGGAAACUCUGGUUUCUUUAACUAAACUAAUACAUGGAAUUUAAGGCCUUCUUUGAAAACCACAUCCACCCAAAGUUGUGGAAUUUUUUAAAAAGGGAUCUUGGUAAUUGGAGCAAGUGUUGUUCUGACAUUAUGAAAGCAUUCUGUUCUCACCAUAUGUACCAAAAAAGGCCUUUGUACCUAUGAACUAACUUUCAGGAGCAAGGUAUUAAAAUUAUACCUUGCCAACUUUUUAUUCAAAUUUCACCAUUGUGGGAUGUAAAAGAAUAUUAAAAAUCAGGAUAGAAAUUCAUGGUAGCAAAGGUGAAAGUAAAUCUACUCUCUCCCAAGUCCCUUAACCCACAAUCUUUUUUUUUUUUCAAAGAACACGUUUUACUGCCAUCUUGUUCACACCUGAGUAUAUAAGUUCAAUUACAAUUCUCUGCGUAUGCACGCGCAAAGGGAAACAGCAAGCCUUUUGUUUCCAAAGGCCUUCAUUGUACAUUUCAUUUUCCAAAUAUGCUGGGGUUGGGUAGUGCCAUUUUCAGCACAUAAAUAUCCCAAGGAAAGCACAAUAUUUUCAAAUGGCCUAAGACCAUGAAUAAUCUUUAAGAUGUGUUUAUGUGUAUACUUGCCUUUAUGUGCUGUAGCAUUAAGCCAAGUGAUUGCAUCUCAGUGAAAUGCCAGCACCUUUAAUUUAGUAUCAUCUUCAUUGCCAGAUUACUGGUCACUUUAAACAGUGAGCAGCCAAAAACCACCCAAAGUCAGGACAUGCCUUUAAUCACUGCAAGUUGACAGGGUCAAAGCUAGGAGCACUAAGCUCUCUUAGAUAUCAUUUUUAAUCUGUUGGUACCCAACAGCUAAAAUUAUAUGUUCUGGCACCAUAUUUGGGCAUG